AUGGCCUCGCAAGUCCUUACCGGCUGCCAAUACAUCGAUGUUCAAGGCAGUGGUGUGGUCCCCAAGCAAGAACUUUCAAGUUUCCUUGGAUCCGCCCUGCCCGAGUGGCAAAAGGAUGACAUGGACGCUUUGCUCAACAAGUGGGGCGAAAAUGUGAAAUAUGAGGACUUCGUCUCAUGGCUGUUUGAACUGCGCGAGAGUCGCGAGGCGUCAGGGAAGAAGUUCAAGGUGGCCAUUUUCUCCUGCGCGCCCUAUGAUCGUGAAUGGUUUGACCUAACCAACCAGGAUCUCGGCUGCAGCCUGGAGUUUACCUACAACUCCGAGCAGUUGAACAUGGACACCGUGAAGCUGGCAGAAGGUUGUGACGCCGUUUGCACCUUCGUGAACGACUUCGCAGGUGCAGACAUUGUGGAGAGUCUCAGCAAGGCGGGCGUUAAAAUGAUCGCGUUACGUUGCGCCGGCUUCGAUCGUGUGGAUCUGAAAGCGGCUGAAGCACACGGCAUCACUGUGGCACGCGUGCCCGCCUAUAGUCCCUAUGCGGUUGGAGAGCAUGCUGUGGCACUGAUGUGCUCUUUGAAUCGAAACAUCACGCGUUCAUACCGCAAUGCUCGCAUGGGCAACUUCGGAUUGAAUGGUGCAAUGAUCGGAAGGACAUUGCACGGCAAGAGAGUUGGCAUCAUCGGCACAGGCUUGAUCGGUUCCAUCACUGCAAGAGUCAUGAAGAAGGGUUUUGAAUGUGAAGUGGUCGCCUAUGACGUCUUCGAGAAUCCCAAGAUCAAGGAUCCAGAGCCUGCAGGUUUGGAGAUUCCUUAUUUACCACUGGAUGAGUUGCUUGCGACCUGCGACUACAUCUCAUUGCAUGCACCUUUGCUGCCAUCGACGAAGCAUAUGAUCAACUUCGACAAGUUGAGCAUCAUGAAAAAGGGCAUCAUGAUUGUCAACACCUCCCGUGGUGGACUCAUCGACACCAAAGCGUUGAUUCAUGGCUUGAAGACUGGCAUCAUUGCUGGUGCUGCAAUGGACGUAGUGGAAAAUGAGGCACCCUUCUUCUUCAGGAACUUUAGCAACAGUUGCAUUGACGAUGACAACAUUUCUGUGCUGUUGCGCAUGCCGAACGUCAUCUUGACACCGCAUUUGGCAUUCUUCACCCGAGAAGCCUUGAAGACGAUUUCAGACACCUCGUUGAAGAGCAUGAUAGGCGUUCGUGACGGCGAGGGCCCACCCAAGCAAAAUGGCAAGUUGGACUGCGUUUGCCGUGCACCGAAGGAACAACCAAAGGACCCAAAGAAGUGUGAAGGAGCAGCCCAGGAAAGAAAGCAAGAAUUGGUUCAGAGGAUGUCUUUCAUGGAGCAGCUCCCUUUGCCAGUGAACCCUUUGAAGGCGGAAGCUUUUGCUCCCUUUGAAAACACCGAGAAACCUUUCCGCAUCGCCUUCUUCUCAGCAACUCCCACAGAGGUGGCCGCCUUCGAAAAGGGCAAUGAGGACUACAAGGGAAACUUCACCUUCAACUUUUACAAAGCUGCCCUGAACAUCGAAAGUGUGGACAUGGUCAAGGGUGCUGAGGGAGUCUGCAUUUUUGUGCAUGACGAUGCAUCAGCAGAGGUCUUGAAGGCCUUGAAGGCUCAAGGCGUGAAAAUUGUUGCAUUGCGAUGCAGCGGCACCAACAACGUGGACAUCAAGACGGCAAAGGAAAUAGGGCUGACGGUGGUGCGAGUGCCCGCAUAUAGCGCAUCAUCCACCGGCGAGCAUGCAGUCACAUUGGCCACCUCGGUGAUCAGAUGCAUCCCUCAGGCAGCGGAGAACACCAGGCGUUGUAACUUCGAGCUGAAUGGACUUCUUGGCUUUGACAUGAUUGGAAAGAAGGUGGGCAUCAUUGGUGCUGGCCGAACUGGAAAGGUUGCUGCAAGGAUCUUCAGCAUGGGAUAUGGAUGCCAAGUUAUGGUCCAUGAUGUGGUGGAGAAGCCUGAUGUCAAGGAUCCACCACCAAACGGUCUGGGAUUGCCCUAUGUGUCCUUGGACGAGAUCUUCACACAGAGCGACAUCAUUUGCAUCUUUGCACCGGAAAAACCAGAGACCUUGAAGAUGAUCGAUGCAGCUGCCAUCAAGAAGAUGAAGAAGGGCGUGAUUGUCGUGAACACUUCAAGGGGAGGCCUCAUCGACAAUCAAGCUUUGAUCGACGGAUUGCGUUCAGGCAAGAUCGGCGGAGCCGGCUUGGAUGUCGUGCAAGGAGAAAACGAGUAUUUCCACACUGAUUGGAGCAACAAACCCGAAGCUUGGCAGCUUGAGAGCUUGAGAGAGCUGGAGCAGAGCCUCAGGGUCGGCUUGUUGCCAUGCCUGUACUGA